AUGCUUCAAGUUAUUGCUGUUCUUGCAUUCUUCGCCUUGAUCAUAGACUAUAUCCAUAUACUAUGGCGGCGCCGAUACCUCCCUCCAGGACCGUUUCCAUUACCUAUCCUUGGAAACCACUUCCAAACACCUUCGUACAAGCCAUGGAUCACAUGGGAGAAAUGGGCUCAGCACUACAACUCACCUAUGAUCACACUCUGGAUCGGACGGCAUCCGCGCAUCAUAUUGAGCGAUGUGUGGGUCGCGAGUGACUUGCUGGAGAAGAGGUCAGAUAUCUUCUCGAGCAGACCGAGAUUGAUUGCUAUGGGCGAUGCGAUCAACGCUACCAAUACAAAUCAAACUACGUUAGUAUACGGUGAUCGAUGGAGGAAACACCGAAAGCUCAUGCACAUGGCUGUUGGCUUCCAAGCCGUACGUAAAUAUGGUACUUUCCAGGCGCACGAGUCUGCUAUCUUAGUCCGCGGCUUCCUCCUUGAGCCACAAGACUUCGAGCUCUCCAUCGAGCAGUACUCUGUAUCCGUUAACUCAAUUGUAGGCUGGGGUCGGCGUGUCGACCGCAAGAACGACUAUGUCGCUCCACAAGCUCUCAAGCUGAUGAAAGCCGUCGAUUUAAUCGUCCCUGGUAUCUAUCUCAUGGAAGCAGUUCCGUUCCUGAUGCACUUGCCUGCUUGGUUGUACGCGUUGCCAAGUCAGAUGCGACUUGGUGCUAGCGUUAUGUCACGCUACUUCUACUUACUUACACAAGAAGGCGCUGAGGCGAAAGAACACAACUUUGGGAAUCAUGUCAUGGCCUCUCAGUAA